AUGAUCUCAUCGUAUUUGUUGGCCUCGAUUACCCUUUUGUUUCUAUGCAGUACAAAAGGGGAAUUGAUGAGCAGACAGAGCUCUACGGAGCCAUUUCAGAUGUAUGCCUACGGUCCUGGCAUUGGUGGGCUUUCAAUUUUCUCCUCUGGUGGCAAUGCCUUUGUUGGAGACUACCAAAGCACGAAUCAGUCACAGGCUGCUCCGGUUAUAAUUACCCCUGUUAAUACAGGGGGUGAUGGCGGAUCUUGGGUGGCGACCCCUAAUACUACUCGUCCUGUCAAUUCCACCGAUCCUCCAACGUGGUCGAGCCGCGAAUUUGCCAUUCCCGGACCUGAUUCGGCAUCGAAUCAAGUGGGUUUUGUAACAGCGGCAAACGAUACCUCCAAUGCAAUUACCUCGGGCUUUAGUUUUUAUGGAAACGUUAUAUUAUUGACGACUGGAGAUGGAACAUGGGAGUCGCUUUGGGCUGCGGUUCCAACUGCUAUAGACGAUGUGUAUUUGCUGCAGUGGAACGUGACGGAUGAUGAGGACAGCAACCAAGUGCCAUUGACAUUGAAGAGAAUCCCCCCUUCCAACUCACCAAACUAG